AAGGACUUCAGCGAGCUUCAGAAGUACGCCAAAGAAUUCUGUCCAGCGCCUCGUCUAGCUCCAUCCACUGCCCGGAGUCCACUCGCGGCUACGCCUCCGUCCGCCCGCAACCGAGAUGCUCGUCCGCGCCCUGCUGCUGUGCGCUGCCCUGGCGCUCUGCGCUGCAGCAAAUCCUUGCUGUUCCAACCCAUGCCAAAACCAAGGAGUGUGUAUGAGCGUUGGAUUCGACCAGUAUAAGUGCGACUGCACCCGAACAGGAUUCUACGGGGAAAACUGUUCAACGCCUGAAUUUCUGACAAGAAUAAAAUUAUUCCUAAAACCCACACCAAACACGGUGCACUACAUACUUACUCACUUCAAGGGGGUCUGGAACAUCGUCAAUAAUAUUCCCUUCCUGAGAAAUGCAAUCAUGAAAUAUGUGUUAACAUCCAGAUCACAUUUGAUUGACAGCCCGCCCACUUACAAUGCAGACUACGGCUACAAAAGCUGGGAAGCCUUUUCUAAUCUCUCCUAUUACACCAGAGCUCUUCCUCCUGUGGCUGACGACUGCCCAACUCCCAUGGGAGUGAAAGGGAAAAAAGAGCUUCCUGACUCAGAUGUGAUUGUGGAUAAGUUUAUAUUAAGAAGAAAGUUUAUUCCAGAUCCCCAGGGCACAAAUUUGAUGUUUGCAUUCUUUGCCCAGCACUUCACUCAUCAGUUUUUCAAGACAGAUCAUAAGCGUGGGCCGGCCUUCACGAAAGCACUGGGUCAUGGGGUGGACUUAAAUCACAUUUAUGGUGAAACUUUGGAGAGACAGCAUAAACUGCGCCUUUUCAAGGAUGGAAAAAUGAAAUAUCAGGUCAUCGAUGGGGAAGUAUACCCUCCCACGGUCAAAGACACUCAGGCCGAGAUGUUCUACCCACCUCACAUCCCUGAACACCUGCGGUUUGCUGUGGGGCAGGAGGUGUUUGGCCUGGUGCCUGGUCUGAUGAUGUAUGCCACGAUUUGGCUGCGAGAACACAACAGAGUGUGUGAUGUGCUGAGACAGGAGCAUCCAGAAUGGGAUGAUGAGCGGCUGUUCCAGACAAGCAGGCUAAUACUGAUAGGAGAAACUAUCAAGAUUGUGAUCGAAGACUAUGUACAGCACUUGAGUGGCUACCACUUCAAACUGAAGUUUGACCCGGAGCUGCUUUUCAACCAACAGUUCCAGUACCAAAACCGCAUCGCUGCUGAGUUCAACACCCUGUACCACUGGCACCCACUCCUGCCUGACAGCUUUCAAAUUGAUGACCAGGAGUACAACUACCAACAAUUUCUCUACAACAACUCUGUACUGAUGGAACAUGGGCUCACCCAGUUUGUUGAAUCGUUCAGCAAGCAAAUUGCUGGCCGGGUUGCUGGCGGUCGGAACCUUCCAGCAGCGGUCCGAUACGUAGCAAAGGCCUCCAUCGACCACAGCAGACAGAUGAGGUACCAGUCCCUCAAUGAGUACCGCAAGCGCUUUCGGAUGAAGCCCUACGAAUCUUUUGAAGAACUUACAGGAGAGAAGGAAAUGGCUGCGGAGCUGGAAGCGCUCUAUGGUGACAUCGACGCCAUGGAGCUGUACCCCGCCCUUCUGGUAGAAGAGCCCCGGCAGGAUGCCAUCUUCGGUGAGACCAUGGUAGAACUCGGAGCCCCUUUUUCCUUGAAAGGGCUGAUGGGCAAUCCUAUAUGCUCUCCUCACUACUGGAAGCCUAGCACCUUUGGUGGAGAAGUAGGCUUUAAAAUCAUCAACACUGCCUCCAUUCAGUCUCUCAUAUGCAAUAACGUGAAAGGCUGCCCCUCCACUUCGUUCAGCGUGCGGGACCCGCAGCCCACCAAGACUGUCACCAUGAACUCGAGCCCCUCCCACUCCAGACUGGAGGAUAUCAACCCUACCGUACUACUAAAAGGACGUUCAACCGAACUGUAGAAGCCUAUUGAUCAUAUUUAUUUAUUUAUGUGGAUGAUUUCUUUUAUUUAAUAUUUAUAUUGAACUCCUUAUGUGACUUAACAGUUUCUGUUAAGGAGAAAGGAGUUAUACUGGUGAAGAGUUUCAUGUUACUGAUUUAAAGAUGUCUUAUCUCUAUGUUAAAGGGAAAACCGGUGGUCGUUUGACAUCUUUUUUACUUGAAUUUCAGUUUAGAUUGUUUUCGUGAGAACCUGAGAAAAGACAUUUGAACAUUUAGAUGCUGUUACUAGACAACCAAUGCUGCAAGUUUCUUUCUACACUUUCAAUACUUACAGUGUAUCUUCCACCACCCAAGGGAAGCAACUACCCGCACAGUCUUCCCCUGAUUUUCUUCUAGCCAUUUUGCUGAGAGAAACCUUUCUGAUUAGUUUACUUCUUCUAUUUUGUGUUCCUGGUUUCUGCAUCUGAGUUUUCUCUUCUUUGGUCUCUGUAUUUUCUUACCUGAACUUCUUCUGCAAAGUUUCAGGAAAAUCUCAGCUCAGGACUACUAUUUAGCUUCUCUUGUGAGGAAUGAAAGAAAACAAAAGCUCUCAAAAAGGGCUUUGACAGAAAUAAAUGCUCAUGUUUUAAGCAAAAGGCAAAACAUUUUAUUUAUAUUUAAUUUUACUGUGUCACUGAAGAUGCCUAUCAAGAGACUUAGGGGAAAAAAAACUGUAAGGGAAGAGAAUUAUGGUCCUCCUCUAAUGAAUGUCCUUCCACCUCUGAAAACAAAAACCAGCAAUUCCUGAGUAAGGCCCAGGAAGAUCAUACUUCUUCUUUUCCACAUCUCAUUGUCAGCUGACAUUUUCUGGUACUGUAUAUUAUUUAAUUUAUUGAAGAUUAUUAUUUAUAUUUGUUAGGACAUUAUUAUUAUAAACUGGGUUGAAGCCUGUAUUGAUUUUUUUUGGCAUUAUGUCAGGAUCACUAGGCCUUCUCUGGGAUUACCUCUUUGAAUUUUGGAAACUACAGAAGAAAUUAUUGGAUGAAGAUGUGAAUGAAUUUUCAGGGACAUUGAGCUAUUAGGUUGGAAUUUAUGUAUUUAAGAUACACGUACACACCAGCCCCCAGAGAACAUCCUGUCUCAUUAGCCUGGAUAAGACAUAAGACUAAUCUUUUAUACAUUUUUAGGACCUGUGGAUACUACAUUAAUUCAUUCAGGCAUAACUUCUUUGAGAGACAGUUUUUGCCAAGCACUGUAUAUUUUGAUAUUUUUUAAUCGAGCACUGAUUAUGAAUAGCAUUAGUAUUUUUGUAAAUAAUUAAAAGCAUGUCUCUUAGGCAGAGGGAGAUGAAAUUUCAUGAAAAAGAAAUAACUCAGGGGAUUUUUUUAAGAUUUUAUAUUUAAAAUGUUAAUAGUUAAAAAAGAAAUAGUCAAUAUUAGAAGGGCUUGCACAAAAAAAAAAAACCAACCUGUUAACUUUUCUGAUUUAAAAACUGAUUUGUUAUUAACAUCAACCUGCUAUCUGAACCUACGAAUUCAGAAUGUGUAUGUGAAUUUUUUUGUGCCUUAGACUAUAUUUAAAUUAUGUAAAAUACAAGUGUUGAAAUAUGCCUGUUUAUU